GAAUGUAUAUCACGAUUUUUAAAGUGAAAAUGAUUCAAAAGCGAUUGAAAAUUACUGUAAAUUUCAAUAGGAACCUUUUUGAGAUUUCGCGAAAUGUUUAAGUUCUAUUUUGUAAAAAAAGCAGAAUGCAUUCACAAAAAUUUGGGAGCCCCUUUUUAAAUGAAGACUGACUGAAGUGAAAUCAUACAAGUGUGUCAGGUGAACAUGUAGAGCUUCAUUUACGAUUUUCCGAGAUACACAGUCAGUUAGAGUGAACCCGCUGUGCCAUGAAAAAGCUUCGGCACCAACGAGCGCCCUCAGGGUCCCGGGAAUUCAAGGAGCUCACCAAGAGGGAUGCCCAAAUUCAACUGGCGCAGGAACUGGACAAGCUUCACGCCACCACUCCUGAGGAAAAGAAAUGGCAAAAGCAGAAGGAAUUUGACGGCUUCCAGCGGCUCUACCAGCGAUUCCUGCAGGAGGAAGGUCCAUCUGUUGAGUGGGAAAGCAUCGAAAGGUUGCCGGAAAAUGCUGUCAAGAACUACAGCACCCUGUCGCAGCCGGCGGCUGAGCAGGUGCAGAGAAUGCUGUCCAAACUGGUCGUUGUCAAGCUGAACGGUGGUCUCGGCACCUCCAUGGGCUGUCAAGGACCGAAAUCAGUCAUAGCUGUCCGCAGCGACCUCACCUUCCUUGACCUUACUGUCCAGCAGAUCGAGCAUUUAAAUAAGACAUAUCGAACAAACGUACCGUUGGUCCUCAUGAACUCCUUCAACACCGACGAGGAUACGCAAAAGGUGAUCCGCAAGUACAAGGGUCUGCAAGUGGACAUCCACACCUUCAACCAGAGCUGCUACCCGAGAAUUAACCGUGAAUCUCUGCUGCCCGUGGCCAAAAAUUGUAAUGUUGAAUCGGACAUUGAGGCAUGGUACCCACCAGGCCACGGCGACUUCUACGAGAGUCUCUACAACUCCGGGCUACUCAAGAAAUUCUUGGAUGAGGGCCGAGAGUAUUGUUUUAUUUCCAACAUCGACAACUUGGGUGCCACGGUGGACCUGAACAUACUCAAUCUGCUGCUCAACCCGGAGGACAACAAGAGCCCAGAGUUUGUCAUGGAGGUGACAGACAAAACAAGAGCUGACGUCAAGGGAGGCACACUUAUCCAGUAUGAGGGCAAGUUGCGACUGCUUGAAAUCGCGCAAGUUCCCAAAGAGCAUGUUGACGAUUUCAAAUCUGUCAAAACGUUUAAGUUUUUCAACACCAACAACCUGUGGGUCAAACUGGACGCCAUUGACCGGGUCAUUAAAAAGGGUGACUUGAACAUGGAGAUAAUUGUCAACAACAAAACUUUGAACAACGGCCUAAACGUCAUCCAGCUUGAAACUGCUGUUGGUGCAGCUAUGAAGACAUUUGAAGGGGGACUUGGCAUAAAUGUACCUCGAAGCCGUUUCCUGCCUGUCAAGAAAACAUCUGACUUGUUGUUGGUGAUGAGCAACUUGUACAGCUUGAAAAAUGGAUCGCUUGUGAUGAGCCCCCAGAGGAUGUUUGAGACCACUCCUCUCGUCAAACUUGGAGACAAUCACUUCGCAAAAGUUAAGGAGUUUCUCAGCAGGUUCUCAGACAUUCCUGACUUACUGGAGUUGGACCAUUUGACAGUGUCUGGAGACGUCACCUUUGGCAAGGGCGUCUCACUGAAGGGUACGGUGAUCAUCAUCGCGAACCACGGAGACAGAAUUGACAUCCCUGCAGGAGCUUUGCUUGAGAACAAGAUAGUGUCUGGCAAUUUGAGAAUCCUUGAUCAUUAAGGCUUAGCUCGAUCCAUACUGAUUUCGUGCCAUUUGUUUAGUCAUUUAUUUGUUGCUUUGUUUUUGUCUUUUUCGAUUUUAUUUUUUGAUGCAAUCUGAAUAUAUAUUUACGUGCACAGCACAAAUCACAGAAUGUAUAGAUGAAUUUAGCACAACUUCUAAUUGCAUUGAUUUUUCUUAAAAUUGACGCUUUGCUUUUGUUAAAUAUCAAUACUCGCAAUAUCAGUAAAAUGAGUGUUUUUCGAUUUGUGUUCUGAGAGCGUAUUAAUGUGAUAGAAACGAGCCAAGUCAUGAAACAGCGUUUGUCAACUAUUAGGGGCAACUCUGGAUCUAUGAAAAAUAGUAUCCUUGAUUUUCCCCAUAUUAUUCGUGUAAUGUUUGGUAACAUAAUAAUUAUAUGAAGCAAUGAAUCCAACUGUUCAGAAUUUCUGAUUUUAAAAUAUUUACCAGGUGAUGUAUUUUUUUGUGAUUAAAAGUUUUAUCUGUGUUGGCACGACAGGAGAAAUCUGAUUUUCAAUUUGCAAUCUAAAAUAUAGUUUUCUGCAAAUUUGUUAACAAUAUAUAUGUGUAUAUUAUAUACACAGCAAUAUUAAUUAUAUUAUAUUUUCAGUUCCAUUAGUGAUUUGAAUUUGAUUAAAAGAACAGUUGCGAUAAAUAUAUUUAUGAUUUCCAAAACACGCCAGAGAAGUGCGACGGUAAAAAUUAACCAAAUACUAUAAUGCCUGCUCAAAUUCUAAUACUAAAUCAUAUUGAGUUAUUUUGAACUGGAUGGAUAGCAAUAAAAAGAAUGAGAUAUUAAUGAUACAAGUUAA